AUGGAUGCGAAAGAAUCAUUCAUAUACGUCCGGUUUUCGAAGAGUUCUGAGGAGGAUUCGGCAUAUGCCGGUUUUGGUAGUUCAUCGCCCAAUUCAUCGGCCGAAUCGUCCUCAAUGAGUCUCAAUUCAACAUCCUCGAAGAAUUCAUCCUGCAGCGGUACCACAAAUCAUCCGAAAAACCGAGCAUUGUCUGCCUUAACAUUUCAACAUAACACCACCGCUAAUCAUCGUUUCAUUGGUGGAACAAUCCAACCACCGUCAAGUCCACAUGAAUCAAAACCAAUCUUGGCUGUAAAAGGAAUCUCAGCACCCAAAGUCACACAUUUAACCUCACCAUCAAACAAAUGCACAUCGCCCACCGCAACAAUUCCUCAGAAUUCACCGACUUCUGACGAAUCGUCUUCAUCACAACGGCUUUCAUCCGGUCCGGAUUCCGGACAGCAAUCUGAGGUCACUGCAACGGUGCCAACCUCAAAUGCAUCGGUGGUGAAGAAUGCUACAUCAACGCUUACAACAACAACAACAACAACAACAAAAACUACCAAAAGUAUUGUUCCAUCUCAAAGUCCGACAAUUGGUGUUGUAAGUCCGAUGAUGAGUCAUCGAGUUAUCAAAUUACCCCAGGCUUCCAACAAUAUCGCUGAUGGUGGUAAUCAAAGUGAUACGUCAACAACAUCAGGAAGUCGUGAUUCAGAUAAUGCCAGUGUGAUAUAUAAUCCCAUUGAUGAGAUAAAUAAUUCAACUACAAAAACAAUUGUAUCAGAUAAAAAACCUCCACCGGUGCCACCUGUGCGAACAAAUAGUCGUUUGGAGACGACAUUUGAUUCUAAUUGUGAUGUGACGACAUCGGAAAUUACUACUAUUUCAAAGAGUAAUAUUUCUACCUUUCCGGGAUCGGAUCUCGAAGGAAUUCGUCCAAUGGAACCAAUCAUACCAUUAGUACCGCCACCAUAUAAUGUUAUCAUUAGGAACGGGAAGACAUUUCGACAAAAUGCUCAUUCGUCUGAUGCUAGAAAUGGAUCACUUCGAGAUAGUUCAACGAGUGACGAUUCAUUAGAUUCCAUCUCAACAACAAUCCGAUGUGCUGCACCGCAUCGUCCGUCCGGUUAUUUAUCUGAGGGUGAAUCGUUAUUUACCGCCAACAGCACCAUUCCGGAACUAUCAAUGGCUGAUGUUAGCAAUGGUUAUAUGAGUGAAGGCGGAAUUACCGUAUACGCUCGUAAAAUGCAGGCCCGUUUUAAGGAAGGACUUGAAGCGGUGAGGCAGCGAAAUCACGAUUUCAAUGAUAG